AUGAUAUCGCCCAGUACAUUGCUGAGGUCAGCCAGUUCGCGAGGGCCUUUCCUUGCAGCGUUGAGGCGACUCUUCUCGCAGUAUCCACGAAACGGUGGCGAGUUUUUAGGCAACCUGCUCGUCGGCCACAACGUCUUUAUAGCUGACCAACCACGUAAGUAUGAUGUUUGUCACGCACGGCAUUUCUCCCUACUGGAGUCACUUAAUAUAGUGCCACUAUUCACGCUGACGGUGGUUCACUAUUUUUCCACGUUUCUUCUGUUUCCCAGCCGCCGAAAUAUGAUCCCAGUGCUCAUGACAGAACUCACCAACAAAUCUAAGAUGGAGCAGGAGUGGCUUGAGGCACUGGCCGCUAAAUCGCCUGCCGACGCCGUGGCGUGGCGCGCGGCCAUGCUGCUUUCCCACCUCGUUCUGUUCCCAAUGUUUCUGAUCCUCUCCGCGAUUGCACCACAGUUGGUGCACGCAACAUUGGAGCGAACCAACGAAAUUUUAUAUCAGAAGUACGCUUCUAUCUCUACUGGAGCGCCAACCUUCGUGAAGAAAUGCAUGGAGGAUGCCCGAGACGCAUCGACCUACCACAGCAUGCAGUUGAACAUUUCCACCGACUACGUGGCUGCUUUGAUUAUUGUGGUGCUGGUGUUAUACUUGAACUCCUGA